GAAAGGCUUCCGCGAGCUUGGCUGCCUGUCACCCUCCCGAGGAGGACUCCGUCGGCUGCAAGGAAGAGGGAGUGGGGGACUACCCGCACCAAGCUCUGUCUGAAGGCAUCCUGCGAGAUGGCCGCAAUCAAUGGGGCCGUAGAAAACGGGCAGCCGGAGAAGAAGACGACCCCUCCGCUUCCUCAUCCUAUUAGGAACUUGGAGAUCAAGUACACCAAGAUAUUUAUUAACAAUGAAUGGCAUGAAUCAAAGAGUGGAAAGCAGUUCCCUACCUUUAGCCCUUCAAAGGCCGAGAAGAUCUGUGACGUCGAAGAGGGGGACAAGCCUGAUGUUGAUAAAGCAGUAGAGGCAGCAAAAGCAGCCUUCCAAAGAGGAUCUUUGUGGAGACAAAUGGAUGCUGUGAGCCGAGGAAGGCUCCUGAGCAAGCUGGCUGACCUCAUUGAGAGAGACAGAGUGGUGUUGGCGACCUUGGAAACAAUGGACACAGGGAAACCAUUUCUGCAAGCAUUUUUCAUUGACCUUGAAGGCUGCAUAAAGACACUUAGAUACUAUGCUGGCUGGGCCGAUAAAAUUCAGGGGAAGACUAUACCUGUGGAUGAAAACUUUGUCUGCUUCACCCGACAUGAGCCUGUGGGGGUUUGUGGUGCCAUUACACCGUGGAACUUCCCAUUGCUCAUGCUGAUUUGGAAGAUCGCACCUGCUCUGUGUUGUGGAAAUACCUUAGUUGUUAAACCUGCUGAGCAAACCCCCCUCACUUCACUAUACAUUGGCUCUUUAGUCAAGGAGGCAGGAUUUCCUCCAGGUGUGGUUAACAUUGUGCCGGGAUAUGGUCCCACAGCUGGAGCUGCUAUUUCUACGCAUCCUAACAUUGACAAAGUAGCUUUUACUGGGUCAACAGAGGUUGGAAAGCUGAUCAAAGAAGCCGCUUCGAAAAGUAACCUCAAGAGGGUGACGUUGGAGCUCGGUGGGAAAAAUCCCUGUAUUGUCUGUGCGGAUGCUGACUUGGACUUGGCAGUGGACUGUGCCCACCAAGGUGUCUUUUUCAACCAAGGGCAGUGCUGCACAGCUGCCUCUCGAGUCUUUGUGGAAGAGCAGGUGUACCCAGAAUUUGUUAAGCGCAGCGUGGAGUAUGCAAAGAAGAGGCUCGUGGGGGACCCAUUUGAUGCCAAAACUGAACAAGGACCCCAGAUUGACCAAAAACAGUUCGAUAAAAUCUUGGAGCUGAUAGAAAGUGGCAAGAAAGAAGGAGCGAAACUGGAGUGUGGUGGUUUAGCCAUGGGAGACCGAGGCCUGUUCAUAAAGCCAACCGUAUUUUCAGAGGUCACAGACAACAUGCGCAUUGCUAAGGAGGAGAUUUUCGGACCUGUGCAGUCCAUAAUGAAGUUCAAAAACAUAGAAGAGGUGAUAGAAAGAGCCAACAGCACGGAAUAUGGGCUUACAGCUGCUGUGUUUACAAAGAAUUUGGAUAGAGCCCUAACGUUGGCAUCGGCACUGCAGUCUGGGACAGUCUGGAUCAACUGCUACAAUUCCCUUUUUGCACAAGCUCCCUUUGGCGGCUUUAAAAUGUCAGGAAACGGGAGAGAAUUGGGUGAAUAUGCUCUGACUGAAUACACAGAGGUGAAAACGGUCACCAUUAAACUGUCGCAGAAGACUCACUGAGUGAGGAACAACGCCAGGAGACCUAAAACUCUGACACUCUGAAUGUUAAUGUAUAGUGGGGGGAGAGGUUGUUUAAAUCUCGCAGGGGGGAGGAAAAUAGCUAAACUCUUUAAAAAGCAAACCAUCUAUAACAUGUUCGGGUUUUUUUUAAAAUUCCAACCAUUUUGUUUAAACAUUUGUAACUCAGGCCAAAACGGAGGCUCUUAAAAACUGCAUGCUGAACAGUAACAAAAUACAGUGGUACCUCGGGCUAAGAACUUAAUUCGUUCUGGAGGUCCGUUCUUAACCUGAAACUGUUCUUAACCUGAGGUACUACUUUAGUUAAUGGGGCCUCCUGCUGCUGCCACGCCACCGGAGCACGAUUUCUGUUCUCAUCCUGAAGCAAAGUUCUUAACUCGAGGUACUAUUUCUGGGUUAGCGGAGUCUGUAACCUGAAGCGUCUGUAACCCAAGGUACCACUGUAAUGAAUAUUGAUACGCAUGAGCCAUGUUCUGCAGCCAGCCCUGCUCUACUGGCACCACUUGUGCUUCAGUAGCAACUAGAGAUGCAACAAAAGGCCUUGCAGUUGAAAGCAACCCCUUCAAAUCACACACGGCACUUUGUCCAAAUUCUGCAUCUUUAUGUGCUCGGGGGCGGCUGUGGUUGUGUGCAUGGGAUCUGUAUGUUAAUUGAUUCACCAGCAUGGCUUCUCCUAGGACCCUCUCUUCUGAUUUUUUUAAAAUAUUAUUAUUAUUGUAAGAAAAGGGAUAUAGGGCACACAAGACACACAUACACGCCCAAGCAGCUUACAGUGAUUUUGCUUACGAGAGUGCAACUUUAUGCAGUUGGCGGGAAAACAAACAAAUGGAGAGCCCCGAAAAGUGCUUUAUAAGCCUCUCUGCCCUUGCUUCCCGGGCUCUGGGAAGGUUGUGUGUGAGAGCUCUGGGAUGUUCCGAACAGGGAUGGUUCCACCAGGGACCAGGUCAGGGGGUUUCCUGACAUUAUGCAAUCAUGUGGGGACUUCCAGAACUGAACCCUCACGUAAUCUGCAAAUUACCUAUGCACCCUGUUCCCUAGCACAGCACCUACAGAGUCACAGAUCCCUCAUGUUUAAUACUGCAUAUAAACCAGUGGGGCAUGAAAGUUUUUAGAACAAAGUGCUGAGGGCAAGGAAUAAAAAGAUUGGGCUGCCCCCACAGUGUCUCUGCCCCAGGAACCAGUGGCCUUGGACCCCACACUGUAUAUUUCCCUCGUCACUUGUGGGAAAAGUCAGCUCAGAAUUUCCUCUUUAGGAGAUGGGGCUGUGUUUUUUUUUUUUUUAAAAAAAAUCUGGGUCCUUUGGCAGGCUAUUUGAAAAGAGAGUUUGGGGAUAAAAUAGCCCAGGCUUCAGCUGGAGUUUCAGCCUACGUAACAAGUCCAUAAUUUCUGACCAUUUUGACGGAUCACGUGCCUAAAGUGUGCAUAAAAUUAGAGGCCUUAUUUGGAUGUUUUACAAAGCUUCGGUAGUCAGGUCAUUAAAAAACAACAACAACCCUCUCCUUCCCCGCUGCUAACCCUGUGCACUGUAUUGUGUGUGUGGAGCAAAUGAGUGCAGAUUCUGAGUUUCCCAGCUCCUCAAUGUUGGGAUAACUGCUGCAUUACAAGCAAACGAAGGGUGCUGCCCUUGUCCACAGUUCUAAUUUUUGCAAGGGGUUGUACAAGAGAAUAUUUAUACCACUGGAUCCAGGCAUGGCUGAUCUUCUAGGUGAAAUGGAGCAUUGCCCCCCCCC